AAGUAGGUAGAUGAUGCCGCUAACAGUAACACAGAGCAAAAGACUCCAAUUUUCCCACGGCUACUGAAUCACGGAUGCUUAAAUCUCCCCAAUCCGUAUCUCUGUUUCCCUCACAGCGCGGCUGCCUGUAACCACUCCAGGUCUCCAGCGAAGCAGGCUCAGGCGCAACGCAACAACACAAGGCGGCGGUUAUGGCCUCUGCUGCUGCGACGGCUACGAUGGGGACGGGGAAGGUGGUUUGCGUCACCGGCGCAUCAGGGUACAUCGCGUCCUGGAUUGUCAGGCUCCUACUCGACCGCGGCUACACCGUCCGCGCCACCGUGCGAGACACCGCUGACCCAAAGAAAACAUUGCACCUGACUGCGUUGGAUGGUGCUAAGGAUAGGCUGCACUUAUUUAAAGCUAGCCUGCUAGAAGAGGGUUCUUUCGAUGCUGCAGUUCAUGGAUGCGACACUGUAUUUCAUACUGCCUCUCCCUUUUAUCACAAUGUCAAGGAUGCUAAGGCAGAGUUACUUGACCCAGCAGUUAAGGGAACACUCAAUGUUCUCGGUUCAUGCAAGAAAGCUUCUAUUAAAAAGGUGGUUGUAACAUCAUCUAUGGCUGCUGUAGCCUACAACAGGAGGCCAAGGACUCCUGAGGUCACAGUUGACGAGACAUGGUUUUCUGAUCCACAAAUUUGUGAAACAAAUCAGCAAUGGUAUAUUUUGUCCAAGACGCUGGCAGAGGAGGCUGCUUGGAAGUUCUCAAGGGAUAAUGGACUUGAAAUCGUUACUAUAAACCCAGCGAUGGUUAUUGGUCCCCUGCUGCAGCCUACACUAAAUACCAGUGCUGAAGCAAUCCUGAAGUUAAUCAAUGGGUCAUCGUCUACAUAUCCCAAUUUUUGCUUUGGAUGGGUUAAUGUCAAGGAUGUUGCCCUGGCCCAUAUCCUUGCAUACGAGGUUCCCUCAUCAAAUGGAAGGUACUGCAUGGUGGAAAGAGUUGUUCACUACUCAGAACUGGUGAACAUUAUCCGCAACAUGUAUCCUACCCUUCCUCUUCCGGACAAGUGUGCAGAUGACAAGCCGUUUGUCCCACCCUACCAAGUAUCAAAGGAGAAGAUAAAAAGCAUAGGCAUCGAGUUGAUUCCACUGGAGACGAGCGUCAAGGAGACCAUCGAAAGCUUGAAAGAGAAGGGGUUCGCUAGUUUUUGACUCGAGCAAGCUGUGAAACAUAAGUGUUACUGUACUACGUGAUGUUGCAUUGUAUACAUGCAUCGGACUUCGCAGUUCCCAAGCUAUUUUGGUAGCUUUGGUCUGUAAGAUUACCUAAAAUAAACUGAGCCACGUUGCCACGCUGUAGCUUUUGGACAUGUUAUGCUUUGAUCGGAUUGAGACACGUGAUAUAUGAUCGUUGCUUACAAA